GCACGAAACCAUACAAUACUGGAAUAAACAUCUGAAGAUUAUACAAUUCCCAAACUGUACGUUCUCAUGUUGAGAAGUUCGCAAAUAAUUAAUUCGCAUAAAAUUGUGAGGCAGGGCGCAUGCGUAUGGUGGGAGGCGUCGAUAAUAAUGAUUCGUUUCAUCCUUAUCCAGAACCGUGCUGGCAAGACACGUCUUGCCAAGUGGUACAUGCACUUUGACGAUGAGGAGAAGCAAAAGUUGAUUGAGGAAGUGCAUGCUGUGGUUACUGUGCGCGAUGCCAAGCAUACAAACUUUGUAGAGUUCCGGAACUUUAAAAUUGUGUAUCGCCGUUAUGCUGGCUUGUACUUUUGUAUCUGCGUUGAUGUAAGUGACAACAACUUGGCAUACCUGGAGGCCAUUCAUAAUUUUGUGGAGGUUCUGAAUGAAUUUUUCCAUAAUGUGUGUGAGCUUGAUCUUGUCUUCAAUUUUUACAAGGUGUACAGCGUUGUGGAUGAAAUGUUCCUGGCAGGAGAAAUACGAGAAACAAGUCAGACAAAGGUGUUAAAACAGCUCUUGAUGUUGUCAUCAUUAGAAUGAAAAUAGACUUACACUUAUAGGUUCUUGUUAUCAUUAGUCAUUUGGAGUUGCUGUGGAAGAGUUAGUCUAUUGCUGUCAAUUUUCAGUUUUGCAAACCAUUCCAGCCAUGUGAAAUCAGGAUGCAGUAGUGUGAUGAUGGUACGGCUUAAAAAUCUUUAGCAAGCCAAAAUAGAAAUGUCUAGAUGGAUUUUUUUUUAGAAUUUUGAAUGACUGCUGUAAAAUUGUGCAAUAAAAUCAUAUUAUCAUUUGCAGCAGAAAGUGGCAUAUUCCAAAUGUUCCAUUUGUACAGAUGUAGGAAAGAUAAGGUACAGUUCAGUGGUUUGGACCCCCCCCAUUUUAAAAUCAGGAAUUGAGAUUCAUUGCAGCAGUUGGUAAAAUAAAUGAUGGUUGUGGACUAUUUUA